AUGGUGGAUGUCAUAUUCAUACUGACUCGACUUCUGUUCAUCUCCUGCUGUGUUCUGACUGUACAUUGUGCACAACCCAGUUGUACAUCUGUGGCUGACUUUGAUGAUUGCCCAGGGAAUACAACAGAUUUCUGUCCAGAGAAUAUUGUUUGUGCAUGCAAAGAUGGAGAACCUUUUUGCAAAUGUCCAAAUUUCAGAGGUCAGUGGGGAAAUUACUGGUAUAUGGGGUCCAAAUGUGACCAACUUUGGAAUACUCUGGACCUGAUUUUAGUAGCAGCAUUGCCAGGAAUAGGACUGGCUCUAAUAGUUGGUGUAACAAUCCAGACCAUCCACUACUGUAAAAAGAAAUCAAAGAAGAAUAUAGAUGAUCACCGAGAACAAAGGAAUUGGUCAGGACUCCAACCUCAGCAUAACUCUACAUAUGCUUUCAAUACUGACAUGAGGCCUUCUCAACAUGAUCAAGGCCAGGUAAACACUAAAACUCAUUUUUCAGAUAAAAAUAAGUUUACAGAAAAUAUCAAAGAGGGAAGUGCCUUGAGAAACAAAAAGAACAUUGAGAGAUUAAAGAAAGAGUCAGAGUGA